UGGCUGUGUCACUUUGUUUACCUAAAUGUCGGCCAGCCGGGUUCAUUUACCCUCAGAUCGCUGAGAAUGAACCGUUCCAAAACAGGCAAAAUAUCUGGGGACUGUUAAACCAACAUGACCGGUGGGUGCUCUGUAUUUGUCUUAUUUUCCCUCCUCCAUGUCUCGCUGAGUGUGGAAAUGACAGGGUUAUAUGGCAGCUUCACCUCCCCCAACUUCCCCCAGCUAUACCCUGAUAACCUGCACAUAGUGUGGAACAUCACUGUCCCAGACGGCCACAGGGUCAAACUCUACUUCAGCCACUUCAGCAUGGAACCCUCAAACCAGUGUGAAUAUGACUACAUCCAGGUUUUGGCAGAGGGGAAUGAGACCUUGCGGUUCUGCGGUGAGGAAGAGAAGAACUAUGAAAGCACCCCGAGGAACACAGUCAUCCUGUCAGCCGGGAACGUCAUGUCAGUGGUCUUUAGGAGUGACUACUCUAACGAGGGCCGAUUCACAGGCUUCCAAGCAUUUUACACCUCAGAAGACAUCAACGAGUGCCUAUCCAAGAUAGAUGGGGAGAGAGUGUGUGAUCAUUUUUGCCACAAUUACAUUGGUGGAUAUUACUGCACGUGCAGACAAGGAUACCUUCUCCAUGACAACAAAAGAUCCUGCACAAUGCCAUGCAGCAGCCAGGUGUUGACCUCGCUGUCCGGGUUUCUGACCAGUCCGGGCUACCCGAGUCCCUACCCACCCAUGACUCAGUGUGACCACACCAUCCGUCUGCCAGAGGGCUACAGAAUAAUCCUGGACUUCCUGGAACCCUUUGACAUAGAGGGACAUCCAGAGGUCCCUUGUCCGUACGAUAUGUUGAAGAUUUCAACAGCUGGACAAGAGUAUGGACCCUUCUGUGGACCAGUGCCACCAGGUCGCAUUGACACAGGAAGUUACCAGGUCCAUCUUGCCUUCAGAUCUGACGCUAGUGGGAAAAACAAGGGAUGGAAGAUCAAGUACAUCAGUAACAAGGCUGAGUCUCUCAUAUUAACUAAAGACUAAUGGCUUGUUGACAUGAACAUUGUAUGUGUAGUUUACACAGUAACUUUGAAGUGGCAACUUAACACAACCAUAAUUUUUUAAAUAUUUUUUGAUCAUGACAAAUUUCUAAUCCUUCAUUCUUUGUAAAUUUCGAGAUACUGCUAUAAUCUCACCAGCACAAUCCUCUCUUAAUCACUUUGUAUUCUGUUUUAUUGUUUUGUUAAUUGUGCAAAUGACUCAAAAGACACUUUGACUUAUUAAUUUAGAAAAAAAGUUCAUUAAAAUACUGUAAAUGUUUUGUGACCAUAAAAUGCAACCAGCCAUAUGUGACAUGCAUUUUAAUCAAAGAAAAUAAAGUAUUCCUCAAACCACUGUA